AUGUUCCCCGGAGAGGAAAGGGACCACGUGGUGCGUUAUGGCGGCGGCAGGACUCCCGCGACCAUUUUCCCUCGUCGUCCUGGGCUUCCUCUCUCCAUGAUCUGCGGUCUUACCCGGAGCCCUUGCACAAGCAGUGUCGACACACACGAGAAGCAAACCAUGACGCUUGUCCAGUUCCUCGACGAUAAUCUCGAGCAGAGCCUGCCUGUGCUGUGUGUUGCUCACUUAGGGGGAAACCAAGAUUGGAUCCAGCUUGUACGCCAUAUCAUCGUCCUGGAAAUUGACGUCGCACCGUCGAUCAAGGCGGCUGAAGCAUAUUGUCGGACUUUCAGCAUCUACGGCAAGAUGACAGUCGAUCACGUUGAUGAGCGAACUCCCCUUCUUCCCCCUGUCUUUGGAGUUGACAAAGAAGAGUUGGCCUAUCGACAUCGUUAUAGCUUUUUGCAGAGGCUCAAAAUUGCUUCGUUAGCGUCCGCUCUUGUCGUUGUGCUCUUCAAUUUGUUUUCCACGCCGCCUUCGCCUCAUGCCUCGCCUCCUAUCGACACGCUAGUCUGCUACUCCACUCUGAACACAUCAAGGGGCUACGCAAGCGCCGAAGCUCUGAGCAACAAUGUCUUGAACUUCUGCGACAAUGCUGCCAGAACCUUUCCUCAUAUCCAUUUUGACUGGAAGCAGUCCCAAACGUACUAUUUACACACGCCUGACCAGUACACGAUGACCGUGACAGUGUCAGAUCAGAAAAAAGGCUUCAACCAAUCUCAGUGCGUCGAAGCUAUGAGCGCCAUUAUCAACGACUGCGAUGUCGCCCUAAGAGACAUCAACCCGAUGAACUGGAAGCAAGGCGGCAAGCGCAUGCUACAGCAAGAUACGUACCAGAUUGAUAUUUUUCGCCAAAACAGGCCUUGGCCGCCCCCUACUGAGCCGAGACAGAGUUGUACGGGCUGGUAUAAAUUCAUUCUGCAGCAUUAUGAUAUAUACGGCGCUGGGUGGGCGAACCAUGACUGGGGGCAAAAGUCGCUUCUGCCGGCUAUUAAUCCGUGUUGUGGAUCGGGAAGCCUUACUGCGUGGAAUUUCAGAUACUUCGACCAGCCCGACGAGCACGGGUACGAGUACAGUGCGCAGCUGGCGGUCCAUGCGAUUCAUAUUGCGGUGGCAAUGGCUAACGCAAGCAACUCCGCCUUCUUGAAUGAGGGCAAGUCCUAA